GUUUUUUGUAUUUUGCAAUUCUCUCACACUCUCUUUUCUUCAUCCCCUCUUCCUCCUUUUGUUGUUGUUGUUGUCUUUUGCCGCCAGUUUUUUUUUUUGUUGCCCAUUGCACAUGAGGAAUGAGUUCAAGGGAGAUCUCUUGAAGCACGUUACUCUAGACUAAUAUACAUCCCUAAUUACUUUAUCUCAAGCGCGUCUCCCUCAAGGUUUAAUUGGGAUCGAACAACCACACAGUAACCUGAUCUUUAUCUCUUUUCUCCACAUCAGGGAAUACCUUAUUCUUUUUUUUCUUUUUCUUUUUUUCGAACCCGCCUCAAGUCUCUGUCCUUGAAAUGAAUCUGGCACAGGCGGUCGCGUCGAACGACCUGGGAUUGGUCAGAGAACUCUGCAGGAACGGCCAUGAUCCUAACCAGACAUUCGCCUGCAGCCCUCGCCAAUCAGCCUAUGCUGUGCAGCCGAUCAUAGGCCAAGCGACGAACUUUGAGCCCGAUGAUAUCCUCUACGGAGCCACACCUUUAAACCUGGCGGUCUUGAACGGCAACCAGGAGAUUGUCCGGGCCUUGAUCGAUGCCGGUGCAGACCUGAACAAGAAGGAUGGCCGAGGAAGGACACCGCUUCUUUGUGCAGUCUACGGUCUGGAUACACUGACGAUCACGCCAGCCAACCUAGCCCUGAUCUCCCAAACAUCUCCGGCUCAUCUCUCUAUUCUGCGAAACUGCAUCCUGCCCCACCCUUCCAUCACGCUGUCGACAUUGAAUGCGCCUCAGGAUGAGAUCAAGGGCAUCACGCCGCUCUGCUUGGCCAGUUAUCUGGGCAAGGAGGUGGUCGUCAGGUGCCUGCUUGAGGCUGGGAAAGUCGAUGUUGAUGCCACCGACAGAAAGGGCGCGACUGCCCUGAUGUAUGCUGUCAAAACUCUGCUGAGGCAUGGCGCAUCCCCCGACUUGACAGACAGUAACGGAUGGUCCUCGAUCCAAUACGGGCAGAUGUAUCCUGAGAUUGUCCAAAUGUUUGAGGAGACGCUACGAUGCAAACGGCCAGAGGUCCUGCACCUGUUGACGCCCCCCGGGUCCCCUCAACUGCGAACAACGACUUCAGCCUUGGAUAAGUCAGCCGACGGUUCAAGCAAUACGACCCUACCCUAUGCGCUUUCGCAAAGUCUUGUCCGCUACCCCCUCUACUACUCCAAACUCUCCUCCUUGCUCUCCUCGCUGCCUGCCUCACAAACUAAUCAAUCAGAAGGAGCAGUUUCUGCUACCUUGGGAGCGAAUAUGAACGAGUCCGCAGAGGGCGCUCAUCUGCAGCAGAUCCAGCGGACGACUCAUACCGCGAUGCUGGAGGCAAUCAAGCUGGGCGAUUUCAUGUCGCUGCAGUCGCUUCUGAUGGCCCCGCCUUCACUGAACGAUAGUGGUAUCGGUGGAGGAUCAGGAUCAGGAGUAGGCGGAAGCUUGGCUAACGUGGCGCUCGUUAACCAUCAUGACCUGCAGACAGGGCUGACACCUCUACAUCAUGCCCUCAGGACACGACCAUUGCCCUCAAUGGAGACGGUCAAGAUUUUAUAUCAGGCAGGAGCAGACAUGAAUGCGCAGAGCCAUUAUGGUCGAACAGCGUUACAUCACCUCUGUCGCUUUAGUCUGGAACACGCUUUGGCACCCUUGAACGAUGAUGCUUCUGGCAAUGAUUCUGCAGCAGGCUCGUCAAUUGUCGGGUCUAAUGGCCAGUCAUCGGGUACGCCACCAGGACCUGUGGUAGAGGAGCCUACGCCGAAUCGGAAAAAAACCCGAUACAGGACUGAAACAAGUGGGUCUGCAGGAUCAAACCAUUUGACGCCCAACGGCAAAGAGAUUCCAGGGUCCUCUGCAGCGUCGACGACCUCUUCGAACGACCUAUCAUCGACAGGGCCACGAUAUCACGGAGGACUUAUGGACAAUGGAGCGCUUAAGCUGGCUCCGCCAGAGGAAAUCCAGCGAGCGUCCAAGCACCUGGCGGAUUGUUGUCGCUUGCUUUUGCGGCUAGGAUCACUUAUCAACAUUCCUGAUAGACAUGGGAAUACGCCUCUCCAUUUUGCAGUCGAAUAUGGAGGCGUCUUAGAGGUUGUUAGCGUGCUGGUCAAGGAGGGUGCGGAUAUUGAGCUGCGGAAUACCAAAGGGUUGAAACCCCUGGAUGUCGUUCGAGGAGAACAGUCAGAGGAGAUGCGACGCAUCCUUGAGAGCGGACGAGCGAGGACGACUGGUGAUGGUGAUAAGGACGGGACCACACCUUCGAAUGCUGUGGUGCCAGCCUAUCAAGCACGCGACAGCAUCCUCAAGCCUCUGAACCUGCCGGAGACACUGCACGAGGUCGAUUUUCAGUUCAACCAAGUUCUCCAGAAUUUGGAGCACUACCAGAACCACACAUCCGUGUCAAUCGAGACCUCACUCCAAUAUAUCACGGAUCAGAUCCUCCUUGGGUGGUCCCCUGACAACCAGGGUGCAAACGGACAUGGGCAGUCCCAGGAAGAAUACAACACAGAUCUGAUUGCAAGUUUGGAGAACCUCAAGUACGAGCUCGAGAGCACCUACGAGCUGCUGAUGAUUACAGAAGAGCAGUAUCGGGAUGUGAUUACGUUCUAUGAAUCCGAGUUAGAUAACAUGACGCGCCAGAACUUGGUGGUCCUGACAGCUUACGAUUCUGAAAAGUCCAAGGUCACAAGGCUGUAUUCGGUCUAUACGCGACUCAGCGAGCAACUGGAGGAACUGGAGGCCGAGAAUGAGGGGCUUAAGACGGAAUUGGAGGAGAAGAAGAGACGUGGGCUUGUUAGCCUAGGCAGAUUGGUCCACGGAGCGAUGGGUGGAGAGUGGACUGGAACCCGUUAUGGCACCAGCAUUACCCUAGCGAAGCAUAAAGCGGUAGCGAGGAGGAUGAAACAAGAUUCGCUGACUACUACAGCCCUGGAUGAGGAGCAGCUAUCUCGGGACUCAGCUACCAAGGUCGAUAGUCUUCCUCGACCUGCCAUGGUCCUGGCCCCGCAGGGUGCUUUGAAUAGUACAGGUCCUGACGAGAAAUUGACUUUGGAGAACGAGAACGGAGCGGCAUUGGAGGAGAAGGGGUUGAUGAUCGCAAGGCCGACCUCUCCGACGCAGGCCAGCAUAUCGACCGAAAGCGAACCCGUUUUGCACACGAUCGCGGUCCUAUCGCAGAAGGUGUCUCUACUCGAGCAGGAGCUUUCCUCCAAGACUUGCGACAUCAAGGAGCGAGAUCUCCUUGUCAACGAGCUCACAGAGCUAAUUCAAGAACAAUCGAAGGCGUUCGAUAGCGAGAUCGAGUCGCGAAAGGAGCGGAUUGACAGUCUUGCGAAUAUCCUGCGUCGAGCUGAGGAGGGCGAACAUAUGCAAGCCCUUGUCGACGAGCUGGCUGUUAAGGUAAUGGUCCAGGAGGACGAGAAGGCCAAAGGACAGCGCAUCCAGAGCAGUAUUCAGUCCCGCGAGAGCAACAACAUUUCAAGGCACUCUUUGGGAGAUUGGUCGUUCCUUUUGAAGGCUUCCGACCCCAACGGCAUCUUGACGGAUAAAGGUGGGCAGGAUAUUGUGGCUUCACUGAGGCAUGAACUUGAGCUUUCUAAGGCUCAGACCGCAAGACUAGAGCUCGCCAACGCAAGUUUGCAGGACCGGUGGAGUGAGGCCAUGAAGGAGCUGGAGGACAUCCGUGUCUCAGAGGCGGCCAACUGCGACCAACACAGCAGCGUAGGUGGCACAGAAGUCGGUCAGUCCACGUCGACUGUGCUGAUAGAUGUAACACCCAGGGUGACCAAGGUCUUUGUCUCAAGGCAGCCCAAUCAACCGCAGGACGAGCCACUCAUGCUCACUCUGGACGAUGCAGGCAACCUUCAAGAGGAGAUACCGACAUUGGAGGAGAUCGAGCUGGUUUUCGAGAUCCUGAUGGCGAACCUGGCUGAGAUCUCUCGAGACGCAGAAGAGGCGGAUCUUCGACUACAUGAAUGCAACCGCGCCAAGGAACAGAUUUAUCAGAAAUGUCUCUAUCUUGAUGGACUCCAAAAGGCCCUGGAUGAGAAUGUGGAGAAGAUCGUCUCGCGACCCUUCAAGGCGGAUACGCAGCCGAAUUUCAUGGAGGAGCAACUCAAACUGCAGAACCAGUUAAACCAUCUGAUGGAGCAAGCGGAGUCAGUGACUGAUCUGUAUAACAGAUUGAAGCAGGACCUGGAGGACUACAAGGAGGAGAAGCAGAGUCGGCUUCGGGAACUCGAUCACGUCCGAGAGCUGAUGCGCAAAAUCGGACCACAGGAGCUACUCAGAGGUUUGCUGAUUAAGCUCGAGGGCGCCAAUCCAGAUGACCCGGCAGUCCAAGCACGUCGUGAGGCCAUCGCGGCGGCAGUGGCGCAGGGAAUGGAGCUUGCCGCUGAGAUGGCAGCUGAGGAGAGCAAUUCGAGCGAACGUGUUGCCUCGCAUCUGUGGCGAAACUCUUGUAGCGUGGUUGACGAGGGAGAUAUGCAGGAUGCGAUUGACUCCAGACUGUCAACGGCCUCUAUCGACCAUUACACUCAGUCCUGCUCAAUUAGUGACCACAAGUUAUUUAUCCAGUCGCUUUGCUCGACGCUAUAUGCUCUCCAGAUGACAACGACUCAUCAAAUUGUCAGUCUCAAAGCUUCGUUAGCGGAGUCUCGGGCCUCGCUCGUCUUGGCAGAUCAGGAGCUGUCGAAUCUGAAUGACCAGAUCGCCAGUCUCUACGACGAUGUGGGUACGCUGAGAAAGCAGCUGCGUGGCCUGCAGCAAGAGCUCGACCAGCUGAUACAACACCGCAAGGCUGAGGUGGAAAAGGUCUGGGAGAUCGUUGGCGAGGUCAAGAUUACGGGUAAUGGUGUGAACAGGUCCAUGGAAGAUGACGACGAAGUAUCGGUCUCGAGUGCAGAUACUCACCAUAAGAGUGAAUCUAUCCAGUCCCGGGCAUUGGCGAGUUCCUCGCGCUACUCUGCCGCUUUAGCUGUGAAUGCGGUUGAAGGCGGGAAGGAGAUUGCGGCCAUCUCUAUAAGCGGUAACGGCGGUGGUAUCGGUGAAGGUGAAGGCUCAAAUUCUGGUGGAAAUCGUGAUUCUGUUGUGACCCGGUCCCUUUCCAUCUCGAGAGCUGAGCGCGCGUCUGUCCUCCGUAGGAUCCCAUCCCCACCAGUUCUGUCCGAGAACGACGAAGAACCAAUGAGCAUGCCGCCUUCUAGAGCAAGCCAUGACUUUUCAGAGACAUCCGAGUUGGAUCGACACGCGUUGAUCUCUGCAGAAAUGGACAAGUUACGGUCUGUGCAUCUGCACCUUUUAUCUACCAUCACCGAGUACAAGAAGCAAAUCGCAGUAGUCAAGGACCGUAAUCUGAAAUUGGUGUCAACACUUUUGGAUCGUGAACGCGUGAGAUUGUGGACGGCUGACGGUCAGGACGAGGUGAUCAGUGCGAUUGUUGGGCAGCAUGGCCUCAAUAGCCAUAACAGUCAGCAUCAUAUCAUGAGUGUUUCUGCCAACAGUAGUAGCAGCAAUCUCAACGUCGCCAACAUCGCACCGAACUCUUUGAGUGUGAUACCAAUUGGAGAGAGUACCUCGAGCUCGACGACGAUACAGGCAAAUAGCAAUGGAGCUUUCGGUGCGAGCACAUCGUCGAUCAGCUCUACGCCAGGAGUUGCAGCGGGUGCCAAGAAGCACCAUCACUUGAGUCUGACGGCUGCCGAGGACGGUAUCAAGUUGCUAAGAUGUCAGCUGGAGCGUAUCCGGCAGUGCGAGAUGGCUCGGUUCACGGAUAUGGGAGUCGGGCUGACGAUGAACUAUUCGGGGUUAUAUCCUUCAGGUAUCGCGGGUGCAGAGGCAGCGGGGUCGUUCCUUACACCUGAGAUGGUCGGUGAGAGUGUAUGCUCGAACGGUAAGAGCACCGCUGGGUCUAGAAGUGCGGGUGGAGGUAUAGAUGGCGCAGUAGGAUUUGAAGCGACGUUAUAUUCGGAUCUGGAGAACCGGUAUGGCGGUAAAGGCUUCUAGAGCACAAUAUGAUCUUCGAUUACUAUGAUAAAUAUGAUGAAUAUGCGCGACCUGAACCUGAUGCAGGGCGCGUUUAUUUACUAUGACC